CCCUCGCUGAGGGCUGUGCUGGUGCGCGAGUGUGUUCCCGAGGCCCUAACCGCACACACAACGCUCGCGCGCGCUCUACUGGCGCACGGUGGUUUUUUGCGCUCGGCACUUUGCUCUGCACCGUACACCCGUGCUGCUGCGGCGGCUGCUUGCUGGACAAACGGACAGGUUUUUCUGUGGUUAGAUCUCCUCUGUGGUAACGCCGUGUCCACUCGGGGCUUUUUUUACCAGCUUUGCGGAAAGAUCUAUUCCCAACAAGGCGUUGACACUGUUCGCGGUACGAUUUUUGUUCUUCUGUCCGCAGUAAGUGAAUUUCCGGCAAGUGUUUGGAUGUGUUUCCAACUAUGUGAAUACAGCAAGUGCGUGAGUGUGUGCAUAUUUUUUGUUUCGUGUGUGUACGUGUGUACGUUCCAGAUGACAAAAUGACACUUGCAGUGCAGCGAUAAGCCCGGCGCGCAACGAAACAAUCUAACAGCAGCCAGAUCAGUGACAGCAAAACAAUUAGCACACACCAACACUCUUUCUGGAAGAGAGAGUUUUUAGAGUGUUUUAGUGUGUAUGUGUGUGUGUGUUUUUCACUUCGAAGGAUCUUCUAACUGCUAGCGCAGGAGCCGUCUACAAUCAAACGCAGAAGGUGUUUCAGCGCGCUACGAUCAAACAGCCAGCAUUUCGAGCGGGGCUUUUAUCGCCACCGUUGGGGUGAAGGCGAAAGGUGCCCGAGAGGUCCCAGGCCGCAACGCAGGCGGUCCACCCGAGGCUCCCACGUGCAGCACGGAACCCGCCACCCGGGCAGGCGAGCGAGCGAGCGGGCGUGUGAGGCGCUGGGUAGAGAUUCAUCUUCGAACCGCCCGUCCGGUGCUGCCGCCAUCACCACGGACCAUCCGAGGGGAGCCGGUUUCGAUCCCGUGUUCAGCAUGUUGACCGACAUGAGCCCAUCGGCCGGGGCACAGUUCUACAGCACCCAGAUACCGGCGAUGGGCAUGAACAUCACCAACAUUGCCACCCACAUGCAGAAACCAUCGGAACAUCCGGGAUUGCGCGGCACACCGCUAGCGAUGCUGGCGGCACAGUGCAACAAACUGUCCAGCAAGUCGCCGCCACCGUUGGCGGACGCGGCCGUCGGCAAAGGGUUCCACCCGUGGAAGAAGAGCCCGAUCUCGUCCGGGCCCCACUCACCCUCGAACACACAGUCGGUCGGGCUAAGCGGUGGUGGCAACGGCUCGGGCGUUAGCAGCGCUGGCGGAGGAGGCGGCGGCGGCGGAGGAGGUGGCAGUGGAGGCGGCGGUGGGGGAGGGCUGGGUGGCAAUUCGGUGCUGCAGUCGUCGCUUGGGCGGCUCUCGUCGUCCGGAAGCUCGUCCACCAUCAGCCCGAUGGCGAAUCUGACGUCCAGUGAUCUUUACUUUUCCGGCGCGUCCGGAUCGCCGGGUGGCUGCGGGGCGGAUAACGCCCACCACAGCCUGCAGCACGCGCUCGGCGGCAAGGUCGGCGGCGACGGGGGCGGGCCGGGCCAGGCGAGCUCGUCGGCAGCGGCGGCGGCGGCCGCCGCCGCCCAGCUCGGCUCGGUGUACGGCCGCCACCCGUACGACUGGCAUCCGUUCAACGCGGUCGGCAAGCCGGACGCGAACGGGCUGGGCGGCAACGGGGGCCACGGCACGCCGACCGGCUGGUGGGACAUGCACGGGGCGGCCGGCAGCUGGCUGGACAUCGGCACGAGCGCGGCCGCCGGCAUGCACGCGGCCACGAUGGCGAACUAUGCCGCGUCGGCGGCGGCCGCCUCGGUGAGCGGCUCGGAGCAUUACGCCUCGACGCUGACGCACGCGUCCCUCACCAACACCGCCCAUCUGCUCGGCUCCGGCCAGCACCUGCUGCAGGACAGCUGCUACAAGAGCAUGCUGCAGCCGGGCGGCGUGAGCGUCGGCCAGUCCGCGGCCGGCGGGUUCGGGCUCGGACCGCACGCGGGAGGUUCGCCGGCACCGCCACCGAGCGCCCCGCAGGCACCGUCGCCGCGCAGCCAGCGGCGCUACUCCGGCCGGGCGACCUGCGACUGCCCCAACUGUCAGGAGGCGGAGCGGCUCGGGCCCGCCGGCGUGCACCUGCGCAAGAAGAACAUCCACAGCUGCCACAUACCCGGCUGCGGCAAGGUGUACGGGAAGACGAGCCACCUGAAGGCGCACCUCCGGUGGCAUACCGGCGAGCGGCCGUUCGUCUGCAACUGGCUGUUCUGCGGCAAGCGCUUCACGCGCUCCGACGAGCUGCAGCGGCAUCUGCGCACGCACACAGCGAAACACGUCAAAACCCACAACGGCGGCGGCGCGAGCGGCGGUGGCAGCGGCGGCGGCGGCGGCGGCGGCGGUGGUGCUAGCGGUGCUGGCGGCGGUGCUAGUGGUGGUGGUAGUGGUGGUGGUGGUGGUGGUGGUGGUGGUGGUGGUGGUGGUAGUGGAGGUGGUGGUAAUGCUGGACUUGGAUCGGGCACCAGCAGUGGUGGUGGAGGCAGCGGUUCCGGAGCGGCCAGCUCGGCCAGUACCGGCGGCGGCGGCGGCAACAGUGCGGCCAGCGAGGGCAACAGUACGAGCGGCCGGUCCAGUGGCAACGGGAACGAGAGCACCAAAAAAGGCACUACCUCACAGGCCCAACAGCAACCGAUGGACGCGCACUGCAGCGAUGGGGAGGAGGGUGGCGCGGGCGGCGUCACCGGCGGCUCGGUCGCUGACCAUCUGCACGGCGGACCGCUGGGCGGCCUGGGCGCGGCGCACGGCGUGAUGGGCGGCGGUCCGCCCGGCAUGCUCGGCGGUGGCUCCUGUCACUCGAUGGGCUCGCCCGGACUGUCCCAUCAGCAGCAGCAGCAGCAGCAGCAACACCAUCAACCAGGCACCGGCACACAUCACCAUCACCCGCAUUCGCAUCAUCCACAUCACGCACAUCAUCAUCAUCAGCAGCAACAGCAGCAGCAGCAUCAUCACCAUCAUCAUCAGCAGCAGCAGCACCACGCGCACACGCCCAGCCCGGGCCUGGAGCACGUCAGCCAGCAGCAGCAGCAGCAGCAGAUGGACGUGAAGCCGGGCAUCGUCUGAGGGAGUGCGGCGGAGUGGCACUGGCCACGGCAGAGCCGGCGGGACGGAGGCGCUGCAGGUAGCUCCCACACAUACACACCCUUCGAAACUAGCUUAAUGUCUAAUGUCUAGGAAGUAGUGCGGACUGUUCACGGCCCCGAAACAGGCGGGACGGGGAGCAAAGCAGGGGUAGGGGGAGGGGGGGAAGAGAAGUACACAGGUGAACCUAUAAACAUGUUUACUUAAACUUAAACACACAGGCGCGCGCAAAAGUAAAAGCAAACACAUUGUUAUUUUAUCCUCAACAGUAAGGACGCACGAUUUCUUGAGGAACUUUGUCAAGAGGACGCUCGCCUACCCUUUUUUGUCCUACAGGCCUUGUACAGCAUGCAACACAUCAGGACGGCAGAAAGGUGAAAAGGUCACCGCACCGCUGUCGCCAAAGCGUAACGUCCAGCGCGAAAGGUAGCGUCAGUGCUGCAAAAUGUCAUUUUCAAUGUCAUACAAAAAUCUGACAGAAUCAAAAUCUUUGUCAGCAUCACGUAUUCAAUAUUGAUAAUCAGAGGUGAUACUCAAAACUCGAUUGGUGUUACCAAGGCAUGCUUCGUGACAUUUUUGUUACCAAUGCUUGGUCAGUCACUAUGUCAUGACUUUUUUUACCAUGAUCAGUUCUGAAAAAUGUCACUGACAUAGUCAUGAUAUAUUCCGGCUGAAACAAGAUAAUGUCAGUGUCACGAGCUUUACUGUGAUGAUCAGAGGUGAGACUCAAACAAUUGUUGCGACCAUCACAUGCUUGGUGACAUUGUGUACAACCAACUCUUGGUCAGUCACAUGGGCGCGUCAUCUUCUGUCGAUGAUCAUCACGAUAGUCAUGGGAGAUAUGUGGUGCGUGAAAGUGGUUCCAAGCAAGAAAAUGAGCACGUUUUCUUGCUCUGUUUGACCCGACUAAGCAAUCAAAGCAGACAGAGCGAGAAUGAAUGCUCAUUUUGCUGCUUGUCCCAAGUACACGCCAAGUAUAUUCCAAGAAUAUCGUGAUUAUCACCGACAGAAAUUGUCAUGACCAAGUGAGUGACCAAGAAUUGGGUGCUAAACAAAAUGUCAUCAAACAUGUGAUUGAUCCUUCAAAUGUUUGAGUCUCGUCACUGAUCAUCACAGUUGUGCACGUGAGCUGAUUUGAGCUUCGAUUCAGUCAUGAGUCUUGGUGACUUGAACAGUGGUAUUUAGCAGCAUUGUUCACAGCCAGCAAAAAAUCAUGAUUAUGAUUGCGCUGGCAUUAGGCUCAGCUUCUCAGUCAGUGUAUCGGGUUUGACUCAAGCACUCGCACGUCGUAUUCGGCCAUGACAUGACGCACUUUCAGCAAUGAAAGCAAUGAGUAUCAGCAAUUAACAUCAAACUACCACGGAUAUGUUCAUUGUUUUCGUUGGUGAUCUUUCAUCUCGUGAUGAUAAUGACAUUUUUGCAGCGCUGGGUAGCGUUAUACGUAGACCGUUACCUAGCCGUUACCUAAAUUCUGUGUGCAUGUGUUUCUAUCUUUCCUUUUCUGUUUUCCGGGGCGGUUGAUACUUACGUACAUCACCCCCUCCCUCCCCCCACACUCGAAACAAUGUAACGCCAAACUACAUGCGAUGGAAUGCGGCGCGGUACCACUUAAGCAGGCGAAGGGAUGUUAUUGAAUAUUAUAUGCAAACUAAAUAGCAGCAAAACAUAACCAUUUAACAAAACAAAACAAGGGGUUGGGAAAGGAGACAAAGCGUUUGCGACGAUGUAAGUGCUAGAUGUAGAAGAACAAGAAGAAGAAGAAGUAAAGGGAAAAAUAACGCACAGAAGGGGCAGUAAAGUUAUCCGUUACUAAUUUAACUAUAAUCUCACGAUGGUCGAUGUAAGUCUUGUUCGUUUGACGUGCCGAGUUGUUUGUAUGUGCAGGGCUUCACCGGAGGGCCGCUAGGGAAUGGGGGGGGGGAAUUUUAGCGCUGUGUGGAUCGACACGAUCGAAGAAACGCUGUGAAGGGUGGGAGGACUGUACUACCCAACUACUUUAACAAACACAAAACAAACGAUUUUACGGGACGGGUCGGGAGUCGCGGCUGAGUGAAGUCCGUAGUGCAGAAACAAAACAAAAACAAACAAACAAAAAUGUGUUAAAAAAAAACAAAACAAAAAAAAGGUAACGCGAGUACGGCGUUACAGAGCAGGCGAGCAUUAAAGGGUGUAAUGUAUUUGAACUAACUUUAACUUAAACAACUUAAAUUACAAAAUUCGACGAGACGAGAGCGGAAGCGGAAAAAAAUAUUGUAAAAAACAAACACACACACACAACAUAUGUAAGCACUAUUAUAAAAUUAUCUGCCACUGUUGCGCGGCAGUUUGUGUGUGUGUGUGUGUUCGUAUUGAGAUACACAGUUGGGGCGGACGUUAUGGGGUCCUCCGAGGGGACCAAUGUGACUACGUCACAACCGGUCACAACGCUGGCGCCCAGAUUGCUAUCUCUCCUUUUAUUAUUAUUUUUAUUAUCAUUAUUAUUUGUAGGUACUAUUUUAUUACCAUUAUUAUUAUUAUUAUCACUCCCAUUCCCCCGUCCCACCCAUUCGUCUAACCGUCAUUGAUCCUGAGCUGUCCCCUCCCACAGUACCCACAGUUGCAUCAGUUCGUUUAAUUAAUUAGGGAGGAGGGAGGCGCGCAGCAACAACAAAAAAAACACAUUUUCUCGACGGGAAUGAGUACAUUUCACGUAAAAACAAACCUAUCGAUGGAUCGUAAAUAUACACGUAAAUGACACCCA